UCUCUCUCUCUCUCUCUCUCUUUCCCUCUCUUUCUCUUUCUCUCUCACAGUGCGUGCGCGCUUGUGCGUGUGUCUAUGUGUGUGUGUGUUAUCAUUAUUAUCCACUCUGCUCCCAGCUCGAGAAUGGCCAGAUUCACUCAGACUGAAACAAGAAGGCAGAAUCCUCCUCCUCCUCCUCUUCCUCCUCCUCCUCCUCCUCAGCAGCAUCCCGCUCCACACUCCUCCAGCCUGCUCCUCAGCGGACCGAGCCCGGCACCACUGCUCCUGCUCCCGCACCACCAGUCCCAGUACCACCACCAGUACGUCCAGAUCCCACUGCCCAAACCCAUGAACGGCUCGGAACCCAUUUCACUUCAUCCGGAGAGCGGCGCCAUGAAGGACCAGGAUGCCAUUAAGCUGUUUAUCGGGCAGAUUCCGCGCAACUUGGAGGAGAAGGACCUGAAGCCCCUCUUUGAACAGUUUGGGAAGAUCCACGAACUGACAGUUCUCAAGGACCGCUACACCGGCAUGCAUAAAGGUUGUGCGUUCCUCACCUACUGCGCCCGAGAGUCCGCCAUCAAAGCCCAGAAUGCCCUCCACGAACAGAAAACACUGCCAGGGAUGACUCGCCCGAUCCAGGUGAAACCGGCCGACAGCGAGAGCCGUGGAGAAGACAGGAAGUUGUUCGUGGGGAUGCUCAACAAGCAACAGACAGAGGAAGACGUCUACCGCCUAUUCGAACCCUACGGAGUCAUCGAGGAGUGCACGGUCCUAAGAGGUCCUGACGGCAACAGCAAAGGUUGCGCCUUUGUCAAGUUCUCCACACAUACCGAGGCUCAGUCAGCAAUUGGUGCCCUACACGGAAGUCAGACAAUGCCAGGUGCCUCCUCCAGCCUGGUGGUCAAGUUCGCUGACACAGACAAGGAGCGCACCAUCAGACGCAUGCAGCAGAUGGUCGGCCAGUUUGGCAUCUUCAACCCCGCCAUCGCCCUUCCCUUCAGCACCUACAGCUCUUACGCACAUGCGCUCAUGCAGCAGCAGGCAGCCAUCAUGGCAGCGAGCCACGGCGGUUACCUGACGCCGAGCGUGGCCACCUUCCCUGCCACGCAGAUCCACCAGAUGGGGGCGCUCAACAUCAAUAGCCUGCCACCGACUCCCAUGACCCCGGUGUCGGGUGAGUUUCAUCAAGCCUUGGGUCUAAGUUCUCCACCAGCCAACAUCACCACCUCCGCCGUGCCCAGCAUCGUCACGCCCAUCGUCAACGGAUUCACCGGCAUCCCUCAUCAGCCCAACGGACACCCCGCCGUGGAGACGGUCUACACCAACGGCCUGCCGCCUUACUCCACCCAGAGUCCCACUGCCGCCGACACCCUGCAGCAAGCCUUCACCGGAGUACAGCAAUACACAGCAAUCUACCCGGCCACCACGCUGACUCCCAUUGGCCAGACGCUGCCCCAGGCGCCCCAGGUCAUCCAGCAGCAGCAACAGCAGCAGAGAGAAGGUGAGGGUCCGGAGGGCUGCAACCUGUUCAUCUACCACCUGCCACAGGAGUUUGGAGACAAUGAACUCAUGCAGAUGUUUAUGCCCUUCGGCACCGUCAUCUCAUCUAAGGUCUUCAUGGACCGGGCGACCAAUCAGAGCAAGUGUUUUGGCUUUGUGAGCUUCGACAACCCCGCCAGCGCGCAGGCAGCUAUCCAGGCCAUGAACGGCUUUCAGAUUGGCAUGAAGAGGUUGAAAGUCCAGCUAAAGAGACCGAAGGAUGCCAGUCGCCCUUACUGACACAGCCUACCUUUAGUAUUCACCGCAGCAGCAACAGCAGCAGCACAGGUUUUAGAUGACACGUGAAGAUAUUUCGGAGGGGCUUAUCUCUUCUUUUUUUUCUCCUCGGAAAGCAACAUAUGUUUUUAAAAAAAAAAAAGAAAUAAUGAACACGGAAGGAUUUCUUUCGGGGGCGGGGGAGACAUAUCAGCAUUUACUUAUGAAGACGUAAGUUGCGUCCAAACGAGACGAGGAGGCGCGUCGUCGGGGGACGCUAACAGAUGGCACACUGCGAGAAAGGAGAGCAAGAAAAAAACAAACGAAUCAAAAAAAAAAAAAGACUCGAUCAACAGAACUUUUUUUUCUUGUUGAGACUUGAAUUGUUAACGAAGCAACAAACUAACAGACAGGAAAGCAGCAACGACAAAUAGAUUUCUAUAUACAUAUUCUAUACACAUAUAUAUAAAUGAGAGAUGCGCUUGUGGCUUUUACUGCUCCUUGGACAAAUGAGGGUUCACAAAAGGCCAAGACGGGAGGCGGAAAGGCCGUCUUUCUUUUCUCCUCCCUCUUUUUCUCGUGUCGUCUCGCAGCAAGCGCAGCGCCACCAGCCCCGGAGGAGCUCACUGAGGUUUCCGUUAGCGACAGUACAACUGAGAAUCUUUCACCCCGAAAAGGGACCAAAGGACCAAACACAUUUGUAUUGUUCUGAAACAGUAACGCUUAUUAUGAAUUCAUGAGACUACAGUACUACUAAUGAUAUUUAAGGAGUAAACUCGCUUCAGGUUGAAAGAAAGAGAAAAAAAAAGAGGAAUGUUUUUUGUAACUAAUGGGUUUGGGAAUAUUAAAAAGAAAAUGAAAAAUAGA